AUGGGUGCACACUCUGCUAUCUGGCAAGGAUAUGUCGAUUCCAGUUUGAUGGGAUCCGGCCAAUUUGACAAAGCCGCCAUCCUCAGCCCUGACUUCUCUGGCGUCGAGGCUUCAUCCGCUGGCUUCUCGAUCACCCCCCAAGAAAUCCAGGGAAUUGGAUCUGCUUUUGGUGACAGCAGCUACGCCAUGCAGCACGGCUUCACAAUUGGUGGAGAGAAGUUCCUCGCCAUCAAGGCUGAUGACCGUAGUCUUUAUGGCAAGAAGGGCAAGGAGGGCGCUGUCAUUGUCCGGACUGCCUCCUGCAUUAUGGUCGGCCACCACACCGAGGCCGUCCAGACCACCAACGCCGCUACUGCCAUUGAGGGCGUUGCUGACUACAUCAACGGUGCCAAAUAA